UAGACUGCAGCCAGAAUGGACUGGAUCAUUCCACAGUGGACAUGUCAUUGGAAGACAGCUCAGGGAUCCUGGUGGAUGGUUUUGAGAGGACAUAUGAUGGAAAGCUUAAGUGCCGCUACUGCAACUAUGCCACCAGAGGCACAGCACGACUCAUCGAGCACAUCCGCAUUCACACAGGAGAGAAACCUCACCGCUGCCACUUGUGCCCAUUUGCGUCAGCCUAUGAGCGCCACCUGGAGGCCCAUAUGCGAUCGCACACAGGCGAGAAGCCUUACAAGUGUGAGCUGUGCUCUUUCCGCUGCAGCGACCGCAGCAACCUGUCACACCACCGCCGGCGCCGACACAAACUGCUGCCCAUGAAAGGCGCUCGCUCACUCUCACAUAAGAAGAUGCUGAGUGUUCUGCAGAAGAAAGCAAGCUCACUGGGUUUUGGCCGCCGGCUCCUCAUUAACUUCACCCCUCCUAUGGCGGUGCACAAGCCAGACAAUGUCAGUGACUACUCCCACGACCUGUCCCACUUACGCCAGGAGCCCUAUGAUAAUCAGAGCCGAGCAAGUGAAGAUGGGAUCACCAAUAACCAGAACCACCACCAUCAUCAUCACGAUAUGGUUAUGGAUAACCCCUUGAACCAGCUGUCCACCUUGGCUGGCCAACUAGCCAGCCUGCCUUCAGAGUCUCAGGCCCAGACUCAACCUCCCAUGUCUCCAGGAGCCGAGUCUGUUGUUGAUGAGAAGCCUUUCCUAAUCCAGCAGCCUCACCCUGCCACCGCUUCUGUGGCCGUUACAGCCAGCAUGACCCAUGCGUCGUCCUCUUCCCCAACCACAGCAGAGCCCCGAGCUCCUCCCCACAGCAACUGCAGUCCUGGAGACGGGCCCUGCAGUGAGCACAGUGGGCACAUGAGUACUCCUAGUAUCUCAAACAGCCAGCCCAGUACGCCGGCCCCAGGCCUGUCCGCUCCACUCCAGGAUUCCCACAUGCUGCAUCACUGCCAGCACUGUGACAUCUACUUCCCCGACAACAUCCUCUACACAAUCCACAUGGGCUGCCACGGCUACGAGAAUCCUUUCCAGUGCAACAUUUGUGGCCACAAGUGCAAGAGCAAGUACGACUUUGCCUGCCACUUUGCCCGAGGGCAACACAAAUAAGGCACAAAUGAGGAAAACUUAGAAAGAAAAAAAACCUCUGACAGGACUGCUUUUUGUUUUACAGUGCGUCUUGUAAAGUAUUCACAGCGCUUCACUUUUUCCACAUUUUGUUAUAUUAGUGUUAUUCCAAAAUGGAUGAAAUUAAUUUUUUUCCCU